AUGCAGGUUAUUGAAAAACGCCGCAGAGAUCGAAUUAACAGCAGUUUACACGAUCUGAAACGUCUCGUCCCGGACAACGUCCACAAACCUAAUUUGCGAGUUUACGUGUGGGCCCAAGGUCACGUACUCAGUGCCGAAGCCCGAGCCGUGGAACUUCGUCGAGCCGGUUUCAAAGACUGUUUACUUGAAGUCACUCGGUUAUUAUCCAGUUUUGAGAAUCAGGCAACUGUACACCCAGAAGACCUGAAACGUAGCAUCCUCGCACACUUGCAGCAAUGUGACCAGCAACGCGACCAGGAGGCGAAAGCUUAUUUGGCCCAUGUGGCUGCUGUGGCCAAUGCGAUUGGUACACAGACAGCUGGUUCAAUGAGAUCAAGUUCAGCUUGUGCAAGUCAAUCAAUCAGUACCGCUACUACUGCAGGGGCAGGUAAGGCGGCAAAACGUACAGUUUCACAUCAGCCUGUGACAACUCCCGGUUCAGAUGCGAACGCAAACGGUAUGAAAUCCUCAACGGUAACGGCUCGCCAGUGUCCCCCAGUCACCAACUACCUAUCCUACUUGAAUCCACACAACGUAGAUAGGAUUCAGUCGUCACCCAGUCCGUAUAUACUUUCCGAUCUCGGAUCGACUGCUUCCACGUUAAGCAAAGACUCAGUUUCAUCUUAUGCCUAUUCUCCCAUGAAACGAUUAUCCGGCCCGGGAACAGGUUAUCACCAAUCGAAUGGGUCGUAUUAUCACGCUGAUUACGGCACAAAUGGAGAAGCUAGCAAUUACAUGGAAUCAACUGCUUAUUCCUUCCCCAACGGUCAAACUCCAUCGCAACAACAUCGACAUACACAGAUGCUGACACAGCAUCCUCCAGGAGCAUCCUCACAACAGACCCAAUCAUUUAUCCCCAGUUAUUCAUGUGCGAAUCCCCCAGGACCGAACGAGAGUCAGUCCACUUCAUCUCCACCUUUCCAUUCCACUCCAGAUGAUACUGAAGUGGGAGUCAGUCCCAACCUGUUGGGAGGAGGCAAAAUGACCAAUUCAACAGAAUCCUAUUCUGAUCCAUCGAUUUCGAUUGGACAGGUUAAAUCUGAACCCAUCCCGGAUGAUAACCAAUCCCGUGGAUUUACACAUACUCCAAACAAAUCAGUCCAGUUUUAUCCACCUUCCACUUCUUCCGGGCUGACAUCUGUCAGUGCAGAUCUUGUUCCCACCCCGGAUCAAUCUAAUCAUCACUUGACAGUCAAAACAGAAAAGCAAUCGUGUGAAAGUGUAAGCUAUCCUGCCUACCAAACCAUAUUUGAUUCUCAAUCCAUAGCCCCUUAUGAAUCCCAUGCGACUAGCUAUGAUAAUCGUGACCUGAGUUUUAGUGUAAAACCGACCGACUGGUGUUGUACCGCAACAGAAUCUAAUGCAGAAUUGCAUAAUCAAACAGCACAUCAACAGCCUCCCUCACAAACACACCAUUUUGGCUAUGUGUAUCAAUGGGACUAUGCAUUUCAAGCGCUUUGA